AUGUUUUAUAAAACACCCUCCACGACGAGCACGGCUGGCAAGCCGCUGGCCAAGCGACGGAAAGUAGCCAAGGCAUGUCUGUUCUGCAAACGCUCCCAUAUGACCUGCGAUGACGCCCGGCCGUGCGGAAGAUGCAUCAAGCGAGAGAUCGGACAUCUGUGCUGCGACGAGCCCCCAUCGGCCAGCGAACGAUCGAGCCUGCUGGCAACCAUCAAGUCCCAGUCGAGCACUGCGAACACCCAGCCCCAGCCCCAGCCCCAAUUCAAGAAACAGAACGACCCUCCCCAGAUCGACCCCGCCAUCUCUGGCCCCUGCCAGAACAACGCCCUCGCCCCAGCAGUCGACCAUCUCCACCACAACCCCAUCAACCAGCUCUCUCAUCUCACCACCCUCUUCAGCCCCCGCCUCCUGCUCAGCCCCUCAUCCACCGAUUCGCCCACCAGCAACCCUCUCGACCAAUCCCUAGCUUUCUUCCGAGGCUCGGGCGCACUCAAGCUAUUUGAAGAACCCGAACCGGCAACCCAUGAUGAGCCCGACCGAUACAUCAAGCACACCCUGCUCGAAGACAGCAAGGAGGCCCCAGAUUCGAAGCCCGAAGGACCGAUGAUCGACUUGAGCGACUUCCUCAACACCUACCCCGGCCUAUUCUCAGAGACGAUCGGCAGUACCACCACCAGCCAACAACCAAGGUCCUCGCUCAACCACGAGCUACUCGAGACCACCGGCAUCUCGCCCGCGGCGAUCAACUACGACCAGAUCCUCUCAAACGACUCCUGCUCGCUCGACUUCCUCACCCAUCUCGACCCCCUCCAGCCCCUCGAUGCCCAGCAGAACAGGGAAGACCGCUUGGGCCAGAUCAUCCGCAGCUCCGGCCUCGAAACCUUUGACUACUCCGACUCCGAAAAAGGUACCGCCCAGUGGAUCGAGUCCAAAAUACCCGAGCCUUCCAAGAGCAAGAUGCAAACGCUCUGGACCGAAGCUCAAACCUUUCAACAGAGUGCAGAAGAUCUAGUCGAAGCGGAAUACCAAUUCCAGCGGAACCUAGUGACCUGUCUACCGAUCCUCGACACGCUACCCAUCCCGGGCUGCAUGUGGCGACGGAGCGGGGAGAUCUACAAGACCAAUGAACAGUUCAACAGCUUGGUCGGCAUCCACUCCUUCCCGUGCUUCUCGCUCCUGUCCUCCUUCGACAACCACCACCCCAAGAAGUCCGCCCAGUUCAUCAAGAUCCAGCAACUCUGGGACGCCGAUAGCGGGCUCAACUUCCUCGAGAAAUUCAACCGGAUCGCACUCGACGAGGGCCAGAAGGCGGUGUUGACGUCGUGUGUGUUGUACCGAUUCAAGGAGAAAGAGGAGGCCAAAGCGGGACCCACGAAGAAGCCGGAAGACCAGCCCCGCCCGGCCUCGCCCUCCCCGUCGACCGCGCCACCGACGGAUGAGCCGCACCCCAAGCCUUCGCUGGCAGAAGAAUCGAGUGCGCCGACGACGGGCCCGGACGACCCGGCCGGCCCGUCCAAGCCGCGCCUCACCCUCGCCUCUUCGUCCUCCGAUCCGCUCCCGGUGAAUGCGGAUAAUUACCCAUACGAGUUCGCCCAUGCGGGCAAAACUCUCGUCGUUAGCGACCUCGUCAAUUGCACGUUCUCGUUCACCGUGCGCAGAGAUUCAUUCGGCCUGCCGUGCCUCAUCAUCGGCAACUUCUUGCCGUCUUGA